AUGGGAACGGGUGACCGCAUGUUGGAGAUUGGUCAAGGUAUUUUUGCUUUGCAACAUUAUCGGAGACCUAGCGACCAGGGCCUAAGAAGUGUCACUAUGCAGGCCAAUCACAGUUGGCGAACUGCGUCGCCGAUCGGCGAGGGUCGAUCUCCGAUCGGAACCACUACCCAAACUGCCAAGAAGGAUACUGCCGGAUCUGUACGGCUCAAAGCCGAUCGGAGACUUUGA